CUUUUUAGGUCGCAGUGACAGACGCUGUGAACUUGACAACUUCGUAUCAGUCUGAACCUGUCUACGUAUCGGUUGUAAUGGAUUGGAUCACUCUCACCCUCUCCUUGAUUGUAAUUCUAAUUUCAGCCCAUCUAUUAUUUUCUGAUAAUUGCACGAAUGCUCCUCCCUGCAUAAAAGGAUGGAUACCAUGGUUUGGUGCAGCUUUAGAAUUUGGCAAGGCUCUGGAUUUCAUUGCUGAAGCGAGAGUCAAACAUGGUCCAAUCUUCACUGUACGUGCUGCUGGAAAGCGCUUGACCUUUGUGACUCUGCAUUUUCGUACCUUCUUCAUGUCUAAAGAUGUGGACUUUGAGCAAGCAGUGCAGGAGCCAUGCUACAACACAGCAUCUAUCAGCAAAGAUAGUUUCUACAAGUUCCACCCAGCAUGCAACACUCUGAUCAAGGGCAGGCUGACCCCAGGGAACUCGGCCAUGUUGGCCAACCACCUGUGCGAGGAGUUCAACGAGCACCUGGAACUACUGGGGGACAGCGGGACCAGAUGUCUUAACGACCUGGUCAGGAGUGCCAUGUACCCAGCUGUCAUGAGCAACCUGCUGGGGAAGUGUAACUCCCCACAGCAGAAUGGCUCCAUGAAGGAGUUCAAGGAAAAGUUCACAGUCUACGACGAAGGCUUUGAACAUGGCUCUCAGCUCCCCGACUUGUUUUUGCGUGAAUGGGCAGGUGCCAAGCACUGGCUUUUGUCACUGAUGAGGAACAUGGUUGUCAGAGCGGAGGAAAGCGAAGACUCUGACACGGCAAGACAGACUCUGCUGCAACACCUUGUUACAACGAUAACAGACAAAUUCCUGCCCAAUUAUGGCCUUCUCAUGUUGUGGGCAUCCCUUGCUAAUGCAAUACCUAUAACGUUUUGGGCCAUCGCCUUCAUGAUGUCCAAACCCUCAACCUACAAGAAAGCCAUGGAGGAGAUAAAUGCUACACUGAAAAACCAAGACACCAAAAACACCAAUGUGACGCUGGAGGACCUCCAGGAGAUGCCGUACGUGAAGUGGUGUAUCCUGGAAGCCAUCCGGCUCCGGGCCCCAGGUGCUAUCACCCGCAGGGUGGUGCGGCCAAUCAAACUACAGAACUACAUCAUUCCUCCUGGAGACUUGCUGAUGGUGUCUCCAUACUGGGCACACAGGAACCCUAAGUACUUCCCCCCGGAGGAGUUUAAGCCUGAAAGAUGGGAGAAGGCGGAUUUAGUAAAGAAUGUCUUCCUGGAAGGGUUCGUGGCAUUUGGAGGAGGCAAAUACCAGUGCCCAGGAAGGUGGUAUGCAAUAAUGGAACUGCACAUGUUCGUGGCCAUGAUUCUCUACAAAUUCGACUUCACUCUUUUGGAUCCUUUACCCAAUCCGAGCCUGCUUCACCUGGUGGGCACCCAGCAACCAGAGGGACCCUGCACAGUGAACUACAGACACCGAUAG